CGAAAUUCGGAAUGGAGAUUUGACAGUAAGUUCGGGAGACUUCAAACAAUGCCACUGCAUUGCAUAGGAGAAAGAAGAAACACUUCUGAAGAUGAUGCUGACACAACAUGUUCAAUGUGGACUGAUAUACCAGAGUCAUUACUUCUUCAUAUAUUCUCAUAUCUAGAGGCAAACCAUUUGAUUUCUGUGUCUCAGACAUGCAAGAUAUGGUGUCGUGUAGCUUAUGAUGAGAGUCUGUGGAGGGCACUAUUAUGGAGAACCUGGGACAUAUAUGGAGUGACCCUUCCCCCAGGGAGGGACAGCUGGUACCUAGAGUACAGACGUCUUCACUACAACUGUCCUGUGAUACUAACCGAGGUCCUGAAGGAUCACAGUGAUGAAGUCCUCCAUGUCAGCUUCUCACACGGUGGCGACAUGUUCUCCACAACAUCCAAAGAUGCCUCCAUUAAAGUUUGGCAGGUAGGAUAUCCUACUAUUCUCAAGUACAGUAGGGAUUUCCGAGAACUGCUGGCUUGGGACUUUACACAGUUUUCAUGCUUCAACAAAAGUGACACGAUGCUUCUAGUCUCUAGUGUCAAAACCACAGACUUCUUGGAUAGAAGGGGAUUUGUGGCCAUUUUGUCUCUUGUGCAUAAUUUACAGAUUUUGAGAGUUGUUUCAAUGGAUCCAUCUCAGUUGUUUGGAGCAUGGUUAGAUGAUAAUACAUUCCUAGGGGGAUACUUAGAAAUAAGCCUAGAUAGAUUUGCAACAACUGUUCAGAUUGAAUCAUUUCAGGUUGAUAAAAAUGUACCAUUGCCAAAUGAUUCUCCUCCUGUAGUGGAGGAAGGUGUUGGACAGAAUUUAUUCACAUUCUCCAGUGAAACAGCAAGUCUCAUCAAAUUUUUGACUGUAGCUAAUAUUACAAACCAAACUGCAAUGGAAGCAGCAGCAUCUCAACCCAAAGAAAGUUGCAAGGAAAAAGACAUAUACACAGGAAAUGAGGAAUCCUUAGAUACUGAAAAUAUGUGUUGUAACUGUAACAAAAACCAGAAUAAUCAUAAUUUGGGAGCUUAUAAUAGUGAAGGCAAGUGUAUCUGUGAACGGACUUCUUGGGAGGGUUCGAGAAAUGCAAAGAGGUCUGAGUCGUGUGUAUUAUCCACCAAUUGUACUAAACUUGAGGGUAGUGGUUCAUUAUCCACGUGUACCAAAGUAGAGGAUAGCAAUUCAACACCAGCUGUUGAAGAAGAUUCAUCUGUUAAGAACUUGAUAUUUGUGACAGGAGAGUUUGCAGUUGCCCUCCAUCAAUUAGGUAUUAAGAAUGUCAGCACAGAUACAGCGUUAAAGCAGACAUCCUCUCAAAAUGAGAAAGAGUCAGAAGAGAUGGAGCUUGGUGAGGAAAGUCACCACAUGGUGGUCAACUUCAGUAAUAAUGAUAUUCAUGUGCAACCGGUCAGAAAAUCAGACAAACCGGAUCAUUUAAUUGACCUUUUUGGACAUGUGACUGGACUCUGUUUAUCAAGUGAUAAUAGAUAUUUAUUCUUAAACUAUCGUCCAUGGAUUGGUAAAGUGGACAGAAAUGACCCUUGGGCAACCCCUGACCUUUCACCCUCUAUUGAGGUCUUGGUUAUUGACUUGUUGACACUAAAGAAUGAGGGAGUGCGUUAUGUUGGUCACAAGGGAUACUCCCCCUCUACUAUGUGCUGCUUUGUAUUUCUGGAUGUUAGUCAGGAUUAUGUUGGAAGCGGCAGUGAGGAUGCCCGAGCGUACCUCUGGGACAAGCACUACAGAAACAACAUUGCAGUAUAUGAACAUUCUUGGGGUGUGGUGAAUGCUGUGGGAUUCAAUCCUGCCAACCAGGAGUACAUGGUGACUGUCAGCGAUGAUAACACCAUCAAGAUCUGGAGGUCAAGGUCAGAGGUCAAGAAGCUAGGCCCUCUCUUAGAUGGUAAUUCCACCACUCAAGUUGAAGCAGACAAAUGUGUGAGAAAGACAUGGAUGUGUGAAAAUGCUCAUGCAUCCCAGGAAACCUGAAUAAAUUGCUUUUCCAGGACUUUCUGUGAUCUUGUGAAUCAUUGGCAAAAAAAAAAAACAGAAUUAGAUAAACCAAUUAGUCUUUCCUGUUGAAUUAAUGAUGCAUGACAUUCUUUACUGUGACAAUUAAUAAUUAUUGCAUCAUGAGUUUGUAAGACAUGAUAUCCCACAUUAUGCCAAAUUAAAGGAUGAUUAAAAUG